AGAGGCGGGGAGCGCUUCUCAUUGGUGGAAGCCGGGCGGCUAUUUCGGGAGGGCGGAAGCGGCGCGCAGCGGCGGAGGUGACUGGGAAAUGGAGAAAACUUUGAACAGAAUCCAUCCAGUUUCUGAUCCAGAAGCAGUGUAUUUUCUACAAGUAUCAUGGGAAAAAGAUUUAGGCUCUGGCUUUGGUAUAAUACUUGCUGAUGGUGAAUGUGCAUGGACCGGGACAGUGUCUGAAGCUGAAAUUUCUAGGGAGGCUUCUGACAUGGAAAUGAAUAGAGAAAAGUAUGUUGAAGAACUGAAGAAAGCAUUGAUACUUGGAGAAGAAUCAGCUGGUAAAUACAACUUUGCUAUUUCAAGAGAUGAAGAAAAUGCAGUGUGUCACUUCUCCUAUGAAAGAAAUCUGAAAGAUGGCUCAUUCAGGCUUGGAUCUCUGAACCUACAAAAAGUUUCAAGUCCAGCAGAGGUGGUAAGACACCUGAUUGGGUAUUGUCUGGACUGCUUGGGAAGACUCCAGGUGAAAAAUGAGCACCUGCAAAAAGAAAAUGAAAGGCUUUUCAGUGAUUGGAGUGAUGUGGAGAAACGGUUGGAAAAAUGCGUAGAAGCUAAAGAAGAGCUAGAGGCAGAUCUUUAUAACCGCUUUAUUUUGGUGCUGAAUGAAAAGAAGGCAAAGAUAAGAAACUUGCAGAAGUUGUUGAAUGAAGCUAAACAGUCUGCAGCAGAUACCAAACGUACAAGGGAAAGUGUAGCUACAACUCAGAUGGCUACUGGGCAAGAAAAUGACUAUGAUGGCAGCACUGAGGAGGAAAGUGAAAAUUUAACAUGGUCCUCAUUACCAUCGGCACCAGAACGAAAUGAUUCCCUUCUGGGUAGCCCUGAUGUCAUCAAUACCACUCCAAGACGAAAGAGAAGACAAAGGACAGUAAAACCUGCUGGAACAGGAGCUAAAAUGGCUACUUAUGAGACAGAAAUGCCAGCAAAGGAAAACUUGCUGCACUCGUUAAUCCAUCUCUUCUGCUGGUCGUCUUGGUGCCUUCUCAAAACAGAGAUGGGUGGCCUGCUUCAGCAGUGGCAGAUCUUGACCAGUCGCCAUUCUGUGCUCCUGCCAUCUGACCUUUGGGGACAGAUUUCAGCAAUGACCUGUUGGGGUGUGCUGAUUUAGCACCAGUCAGGGCUCCAACCUCCUGUGCUACAACAGCAAGGGAAGCCUGAUCCUGCUUCACAGAAGACAUCGGGCAAGCAGUCUCCGGAUGUGAUGUCUCUUGAAACACUGGAAAACACUUGUGAGCCAGAGGACCUCUUUGAUGACAUCUAGCUAUGUGUUGUCUGAGAAACUCAGACUGGUGCUCCACAUCAAAUUUAGUUAUAAAACUAAAAGGCUUUGGUAUAGACACUGAGCCAAAAUCUGUAUGGUAUUUAAUGACAUAUUGCUUUAAUUCUCUUUCACUGGCCUUGUCCCCAUUCUUCACUGCGUGGUUGUAGACCCUUGGCCUGCUGAGUCUUGAUUUGUGACAGCCUUGAAAUCAGUUCAGCCUCUGUGUAGAGCUAUUACCACAUGCAUAUGGGGAAAGAGAGCCCCAUCACAACGUUUUACAUCCUAACAGUCUUUGGCUGUUAGUCGUAUCCAGGAUCAACUGGUUUUCAGAUAUCCCCAGAGAAUAAAUCAGACAUAAGGAAUACUUAAGGCUGUCAUUGUACUUAUGCGAUAUUCUGCCCCUUUCUCGAGCAGCUCAGCUUAGAUGUGGUCUGAUUCCUCAGCUUUGAUUGAGGUAUAUCUUUAAAAAAUCAAGUGUGCAAAUAAAUGACUUUUUGCUUUUUAAAGAUUCUUUGUAGUAUUAUGCAUUAUAUGGUGCAUACCUGCUUUGGGGAGUAAAGUGUUUAAUAUUGAAUCUAUUUUGACCUUCUGUAGUAUGCCAUAGACCUGUAGAAAUCCACAGACUUUAAAAGAGACAUUUUGAUAUUUCAUUAUUUUUCUUAAGAUGAUUUCUAAGAUAAUAAAAUGCUUUCUAAAAGGA